AACUGUUACAGAUAGAUAGAAAGAUAGACAGAGAUAGACGUUGGGUGGAGUGUGACACUGAUUUGCUUACAAGAGGAACAUUGUUUGAUGAGCAAUGGCAUCAUCCUUAAUGUUACCAGCUGCUUCAAUGCUGAGACCAUCUACCACUUCAUCGUCUACUUCACGAAGACUUGCUCUCUUUCACCUUGUCACCACUGGUGCUAUUGCUCUCCCACAAUGUAAGCUGUUUGGUGCAAAAGGAUCAGAUUUGUUAAAAGUAGCAGAGGCUAUUGCUGCGGAAAAUAUAGUCCAGCCAGAGAAAAUUUUGUUUGAUUGGGUUAAGAAUGACAACAGAAGAUUUCUCCAUGUUGUGUACCGUGUUGGGGACUUGGAGAAGACUAUAAAAUUCUACACUGAAUGCCUUGGCAUGAAGCUUUUGAGGAAACGUGAUAUACCUGAAGAUAGAUAUUCUAAUGCUUUUCUUGGAUAUGGGCCCGAAGAUUCUAAUUUUACAGUUGAACUUACUUACAAUUAUGGAGUGGAUAACUAUGACAUUGGAAGUGGCUUUGGUCAUUUUGGUGUUGCAGUUGAAGAUAUUUACAAGAGAGUAGAUCUAAUAAAGGCAAAAGGAGGAAAGGUUACAAGGGAACCAGGGCCUGUUAGAGAUGGCAGUUCGGUAAUUGCUUUCAUUGAAGAUCCUGAUGGUUAUGAGUUUGAACUUUUGGAGAGAAGACCUACAUCUGAACCUCUAUGCCAAGUGAUGCUUCGAGUAGGCGAUCUCGAUCGUGCCAUAGCCUUCUACCAAAAAGCUGUCGGAAUGAAACUUCUCCGCAAGAAGGACAAUCCUGAGGACAAGUACACAGUAGCCUUUUUGGGCUAUGGUCCUGAAGAUAAGAACGCUGUUCUAGAACUAACAUAUAACUAUGGCGUCACUGAUUACGAUAAAGGAAAUGGUUACGCUCAGAUUGCAAUAGGCACAAAUGAUGUCUAUAAGACUGCAGAAGCAAUCAAAUUAUGUGGGGGGAAGAUUAUCCGUGAACCUGGGCCCUUGUCUGGUAUCAACACCAAGAUUGUAGCUUGUUUGGACCCUGAUGGUUGGAAAUUGGUAUUUGUUGAUAAUGUUGAUUUUCUGAAGGAAUUAGAGUGACAAUUACAUGGUUCUAGAUUCCAUACAUCUCCACUGAAAUCACGCAAGUCUCAAUAAUUUUGUCAACGAAACCUUAGAGCAGUACUGUCAGCUCUUCACCUUUAUAAAGAAGUAACCUCCAAUCGCUGUGAGAGGAAAAGGGAAAGAAAAAAAAAAGGCAUAUAUACAGCAAUCCCAAUGUCUAUCCUAAUAUAUUUUUUUUUCAUAAUGUUACUUUGACACGGCAAUUCAACAUGUACUGGAUACCCUCGAGCCAGAACUGUUUGUCUCCUUUACUUCCA